AUGCGAGCUAAGACUAUCAAAGGACACAUUGGAAAACAGUGUUUCUUAGUCAUACGUCAGCAGCAGUUUAAUGUUCAGGCUUUAGUGGCUGUGGGAGACCAUGCAAGUAAGCAGAUGGUAAAGUUUGCUGCCAACAUCAACAAAGAGAGCAUUGUUGACAUUGAAGGUGUAGUAAGAAAAGUGCCACAUAAAAUUGGUGGCUGCACCCAGCAAGAUGUUGAACUACACAUUCAAAAGAUAUACGUAAUCAGUUUGGCUGAACCGCGACUGCCCUUGCAGCUGGAUGAUGCUAUUCGGCCAGAGGUUGAAGGAGAAGAGGAAGGAAGAGCUACAGUAAACCAGGAUACAAGAUUGGACAACAGAGUGAUUGACUUGAGGACCUCCACUAGUCAUGCUGUCUUCCGUGUCCAGUCUGGUAUUUGUCAGCUUUUUCGGGAGACCCUCAUUCAUAAGGGGUUUGUGGAAAUUCAGACUCCAAAGAUUAUUUCUGCUGCCAGUGAAGGUGGUGCCAAUGUAUUUACUGUGUCCUACUUCAAAAGCAGUGCCUAUCUUGCACAGUCCCCGCAACUUUACAAGCAGAUGUGUAUUUGUGCUGACUUUGACAAGGUUUUCUGCAUUGGACCAGUAUUUAGAGCAGAAGAUUCUAACACUCACAGACACUUGACGGAAUUUGUUGGCCUGGAUAUUGAAAUGGCUUUUAAUUACCAUUAUCAUGAAGUGGUGGAUGAGAUUGCAGAUACCUUGGUGCAGAUAUUCAAGGGACUCCAAGAAAGGUUUCAGACUGAAAUCCAGACAGUGAGCAAACAGUUUCCAUGUGAGCCAUUCAAGUUCUUGGAGCCAACGCUGAGGCUGGAGUACCGGGAGGCUCUGGCUAUGCUUCGGGAAGCUGGAGUGGAGAUGGGGGAUGAAGACGACCUCAGUACACCAAGUGAAAAGCUCUUGGGCCGUCUGGUGAAGGAAAAGUAUGACACCGACUUUUAUAUUCUUGACAAAUAUCCACUGGCUGUAAGACCUUUCUACACAAUGCCAGACCCAGCAAAUCCCGUAAGUAUGUCUCUUAGUAUUGAAAAAAAUGCUGUGAAAUAAUGACAAAAUAUGAACACAUUGCAAAUGUAACAUGGAAUUUGUGCCACAAAUGUACCAUAAACAUACUGCAAGUUUACAGUCAGAUAUGGAUAAUUCCCAAAACUAAAAUACCAAUUUCCGUAUUACACAGCCAAUAGUGAUCUUGUAAUUCCUUCCUUUACUUCCCAGUGCAUUGUGCCUGACUUACAAAAUUAUUGUGAUUGUUUGAUUAUGUACUGUCAAGCCAUUUU